UUUGCAAACUACAACGAACAAUGACGUCAAAAUGUGCGACACACCAGAUAGAACCAAGCGCGUGAAUAGCUAACGGCUUGUUUAUUGCGUUAUUUUCAAUCGACAUAUUAAGUAGAUUAGACACGUGUUUCGUAAACGUCAAUUUUAGUGUUGGUUCAUUUUGAGUGUUAGCUUCCGUUCGUCCCGUUGAACCGCAUAGUCCCAAGCUAAUGCUAAUGCUGCUUGCUCACAGUGGUGUUGACAAGUUCUGUCAUUUUGUGUUUCUAGCGGCGGUAUGAGUUCUAAAUACGGAGGCGGUGGCCGAGGCAGAAGAGGUGGUAGUAGUAGGGGGAGCAGUAGAGGCCACCGUGAUGGCAGCAGAGAAAGAGCCGGCCGGGGAGGUGGGAAUAGUGGCAGCUUCGACCUGGACAACGCCAGUGGUCGCCAUCCUUCACAUUUGAAGGGCCGAGAGAUUGGCUUGUGGUAUGCAAAAUUCGGAGCCGUGAGAAAGAAACAGGCAGACCGGCGAUCGAGGGCAGUGGUCCAGAUGGAUGAGGCCAGAGAGCAGCACAUUAUCAAGCUGCUCGACUCUGUCCAGAAUGACCAGUCAGCUCUGGAAAGACCAAACAGAGAUGCGAGAGGCUCUGCAUUGGACGGCUGGCGUGCACCUCCCAGUAAAAGUAGUCACUGCUACUUUGACGGAGACAUGACUGAAGAGGAAAAAGAGAGAAUCAAAUUUGAGGAGGAGGGUUCAAUCUCUCAAGCAGUUGUUAAAGAUGAGAUCCCUGACACUUGGGAUGAUGAUGAUGACGAUGAUGCUGAUGAUGACGUCAUUGACCAUCGUGAUGAUGAUGAUGAUGAUGAUGAUGAUGUGGAGCAGCAGCAAAUGAAGGGGGGUGAAGACAGGGAGAAAGACAAAGAUCUCGAGUUCUUACUCCAGGAAAUAGCCAGAGACGUUUCGCUGGAUGAGUCAUUGAAGAGGGAUCUGCAAAGUAAAAAAACACACCCCAAGUACAAGGAAAUGCUGAUGUUCAGAGAGAAGCUGCCAUCGUACGGAAAGAAAGAGGAGCUGGUCCGGCUGAUCAACUCCAACCAAGUGCUGGUGGUGAGCGGCGAAACGGGCUGCGGAAAAACCACCCAGGUGACUCAGUUCAUCCUGGAUGACCACAUCAAGCGCGGCAUGGGCUCGAUGUGCCGCGUGGUUUGCACGCAGCCUCGACGCAUCAGCGCCAUCUCGGUAGCAGAGCGCGUGGCUGCUGAGAGGGCAGAGAAGGUUGGCAGUGGGAAUUCGUGUGGUUACCAAAUUCGCUUGCAGAGCCAGUUACCACGGAGACAAGGUUCGGUCCUGUACUGUACCACGGGCAUUAUUCUUCAGUGGCUUCGCUCUGACCCGCAGUUAUCAAGUAUUAGCCACUUGGUUCUUGAUGAGAUCCACGAGAGAAGCCUGCACUCAGACGUGUUGCUCACCAUCGUCAAGGACCUACUCGACGUGCGACACGACCUCAAGGUUGUUCUGAUGAGUGCCACGCUCAAUGCAGAGAAAUUCUCCAAGUACUUUGACAGUUGCCCCAUGAUUCACAUCCCGGGCUUGACAUUCCCAGUGGAGGAGUUCCUGCUCGAGGACGUUGUGGAGAUGACCAGGUAUCGUCCCAAGAACCAGGACCGCCGACCCGCCUGGAAAAGAGGCUUCUGGCAGGGGCGCCACUCCAGACCCGAGAAGGAGGAGAAGGAGGCUGAAUACAAGGAGAGCUGGCCUUGUUAUGCUCGCACACUGCAGGCCAAAUACUCUGAGAGCACCAUCGCCGCUCUUGAGAUGCUGGAUGGCGAUGACAAGAUUGACUUGGACCUCAUCUUGGCACUUAUCCGCCAUAUUGUGCUCAACGAUGAGGAAGGAGCCAUCUUGGUCUUCCUGCCAGGCUGGGACAACAUCAGCAGCCUCAAUGACUUGCUGAUGGCACAACAGAUGUUCAGAUCAGAUCGUUUUAUCAUCAUUCCGCUGCACUCACUCAUGCCAACGGUGAAUCAGACGCUGGUGUUUAAACGUCCACCACCUGGUGUGCGGAAGAUUGUGAUUGCUACCAAUAUAGCGGAGACGAGCAUCACCAUUGAUGAUGUGGUUUUUGUGAUCGACGGAGGCAAGAUCAAGGAAACCAACUUUGACACCAACAACAACAUCAGCACCAUGACGGCCGAGUGGGUGAGCCUGGCCAACGCCAAGCAGAGGAAAGGGCGUGCUGGCAGAGUGUGCCCGGGGAAGUGCUAUCAUCUGUACAACGGUCUCCGAGCCAGCCUUCUGGAUGCCUACCAAUUACCAGAAAUUAUGAGGACUCCGCUGGAGGAGCUGUGCCUGCAGAUCAAGAUAUUAAAGCUCGGAGGCAUCGCUCACUUCCUGCAGAAAGCUUUGGACCCUCCCACUGAAAAGGCAGUGAAUCUGGCCAUAAAGAACCUCAAAGACCUGAACGCUUUGGACCAUUCGGAGAACCUGACGGCGCUGGGUUUCCACCUGGCUCGCCUCCCCGUGGAACCUCACAUCGGAAAGCUCAUCCUGUUCGGAGCGCUGCUUGGCUGCCUCGACCCCGUACUUACCAUCGCCGCCUCCCUCAGCUUCAAAGACCCUUUCUUCAUCCCCCUGGGCAAAGAGCAGAUGGCAGACAAGAGGCGCAAAGUGUUGUCCAGGAACUCCAAAAGUGAUCACCUCACUGUGGUCAAUGCUUUCCAGGGCUGGCAGGAAGCGAAACAGCAUGGCGGCCGAUACGAGCGGGAGUUCUGCUGGGACAACUUCCUGUCUGCUAACACACUCCAGAUGUUACACAACAUGAAGGGUCAGUUUGCCGAACACCUCAUGCACACAGGCUUCGUCAGCAGCAAGGACCCAAAAGACCCCAACUCUAAUGUCAACUCAGGUGUAGAUAGGAGGAGCUGUCACAGCAAAAAGAGGCCCGGGGUGAAAGUGUACACGAAGCACGACGGGAAGGUGUGCAUCCACCCCAAAUCCGUCAACUAUGAGGAGACCAACUUCAACUACACAUGGCUCAUCUAUCACCUCAAAAUGAGAACCAGCAGCAUCUUCCUGUACGACUGCACCGAAGUGUCACCCUUCUCGCUGCUGUUCUUCGGAGGCGACAUCACCAUCCAGAAGGACGACGACCAGGAGACCAUUGCCGUGGACCAGUGGAUCGUCUUCAGGUCGCCGGCACGCACAGCUCACCUCGUCAAGAAUCUAAAGCGAGAGCUGGAUUCUCUGCUGGAGGACAAGAUCCGCAAGCCGGCACCUGUGGACUGGCAGAACCACCAUUCCAAAGACUGCGCCGUCAUCACCGCCAUCAUUGACCUCAUCACCACGCAGGAGAUGACCGCAACAGCGGCGGGGCCUGAGGGUGGCGCCAGAGGCCACGACCGAACGUGGGCCCCCAGAGGACAACACAUUUACUUCAAUGACGAUGGCGAUGAUGACGACAAUUAGCUUGGGGUGAGACCUGAGUAAAAUAAUUGCAGGUUAGUCACCGCAUUUAUUAGAAACCUUUUGGUCCUUUCUUCCAAGCUGGACUUUCGAAAGUUGAAAGCAGGGUUUUUGUAUUCGAUUCGAACGGUCACCUUGCAUCACUGUUUUCAAAGCACAUCAUGUUACAGCCUGCGUCUCCUCAACAGCCACCUUAAACACGAACAGAAUUGUGAAGACCUUUCAUUUUGUAUGUAAAUGAAAGGUUGUGAGUUAAGAAAUAAAAACUGUCUUCUUCA